GUGUUCAUAUCUCUGUUUCUUUGCAGGAACAACAGUGGUAAAUCCUCAAACAUGGGUCCAACCACCCCAACCUGGAACAAUAACAACACAGUGCUGAAUGAAAGUUACUACACUGAAAAUCUCUCUUGUAUCACCAUGUUCAAAACCCUGGAUUUUCUUGCUAUCAUCAUUGCUGUGAUUGGAGUGGCAGGAAAUGCCAUAGUGCUGUGGCUUCUAGCCUUCCACAUACGUAGGAAUGCCUUCUCCACCUAUGUCCUCAACCUGGCUGGAGCGGAUUUCUUGUACCUUUGCAUUCAGACUGUGCAUUCCUGGUCGUGUUUUCUUUGGUUACAUAGAAGAUUUUAUGAAUUUCUUAUCAAUGUAUUAAGAUUUUCUUACCUUGCAGGAUUGAGUAUGAUUGCAGCCAUCAGUGCUGAGCGCUGCCUGUCUGUUCUGUGGCCCAUCUGGUAUCACUGCCAAAGACCAAGACACACAUCAGCCAUCAUGUGUGCUCUGCUCUGGUCUUUGUGUCUACUGUUGAGCCUCCUGUUUGGGGAAGGAUGUGGCGAGUUCAGUCAUUAUGAACAUUCUUUCUGUAUUACUUUGACCUUUAUCACUGCAGCAUUUUUAAUACUAUUAUUUGUGGUUCUUUGUGUGUCCAGCCUGGUACUGUUGGUCAAGAUUGUCUGUAGAUUACACAGGAUUCCUGUGACCAGGUUCUUUGUGACCCUUACACUCACAGUGAAUGUCUUUAUAUUCUUUGGUCUGCCCAUUGGGAUCUGCUCCUUACUCUUAGGAAGUAUUAUGCAGCUUUCUCACAUUUUCACUCACAAUGUUUUGGAAAUUCUAACAUUCCUAUCCUUUAUUAACAGCUGUGCCAAUCCCAUUAUUUACUUCCUUGUUGGCUCCAUUAGGCACCACAAGUUGCAAUGGCAGACUCUGAAACAACUUCUUCAGAAAGCCAUGCAGGACACUCCUGAGGAAGAGGGUGAGGAGAGGGGUCCUUCACAAAAGUCUGUGGAACUGGAAACGGUGCAGUAG